CUGGCCACCCAUGACACCCAAGCUCGACCAAGAAAGAUGUCGAAUUGGGAGUUUCUUGUCUCCGAUCGACGACGCAGCCGUGCCUCCUGAUUGAAUCGGAAUAUACAGCAUGGCGGCGCUAGUUCUGUCGGCGCCAAAGGUCCUCCUAGUCGCCGUUGAGCUCGCUGCCAAGGCCGACAUUGACAGCUUGUCAUAUCUAGCAGCCCAGCAUGGCUCUGUCCUCCGGAAAGACGUCCUCCUACGCAUUCUCCUGACUUACCUGCCCGAGACAUUACAGUCGGAACACUACGUUAGUUUCAUCGAAGAGGUCGAAGAAGGCGUAUACCAUGGGAAAGAUGUAGACAUCGACUACGCCGCCGUCGAGAAGUUGAGCGACGAGGAAGCUGCUAGGAAAGUUCGGAAGCUUCACCUACUCCCUCUAUCAUGGCCGGACGCACCCCCGGACGCGUCUGAAGAUUUCACGACACUAUUCCUUAUUAGGCGAGCAUACAAAGUCGACGAUGAAGCAGGGCUGCUCGACGAGUUGCCUGGGCUCCUCGUCCCUUUCUUGGACCAUUCACCGUGUAUCCGUUCUUUGAUGAUCUCUGCGAUAUUACCGCUUCUGCGACGGAAUUGCGAAUACUACCCGGCGCAGCCAAUCCCGCAAACUCUCUCUGCGUUCGAGCAUUUCCCCGACCGAGCCGCCGUGAGUCUCCUCCUCUCGGAAACCGGGACCAGGGGGGAUGACUACGUCACAAUCGGUCGAGACCUUCGCGGGCUGGUUGGGCCAUGGCUUUAUAAUGAAAAACAUUGGAAAUCGAGGGCGGGGGAACGUGGGCGUCGAGCUAGCAGCACGACCGCGGGAGCCUCCAGCACAGAGGGCAGCCUUUGCCCUGGUUGGGAGCAAGUCCUCGAAUGGCUCACCAUGCAAGCCUCGAAAUCAUGGAGGGUUGCUGUCUGCGCUGUGGACCAGUGGGAUGGACCUCGUGAUGCCGACUUGGGCGGGUACGGAGUGAUGUGGCUGAAUGACCAGGAGCAAGAACACCUGGCGAGAACUUAUGCUCGUGCGGCACUGGCAUCAGCGUAUCUCAUUCCAGAAGCCUCUAUAGAGGCCUUAUCAGGGGCGCAUACCAUUGUUACCAAAGUUGUCAAGCUCCUUGAUCAGGACCCAACACCACCGUUGCAGAGCGCCGCAUCAAUGUUAUCGCCAAUCCUUGGCCAAGAUAUAGGCCAUGUAUUAUCUGCCAGAAAUGCGACAUACCUUCGCAAUGACUUACUCGGCGAGUCCAAUAUCCUCACGUCUCCUACCAAGCCGGCAACACAGUUGCUCCAUGGCCUCAUUCUGAGCGCCUUCUUCCUGACACGUUCUGGCUCUCCUUGCACGGUCAGGAGAGCGGGCGAACUGGCUUUGCUCCAGGAUGAGCGUGAACAGAAAGCUGAAGCCGUCAAACUUAUUCACAACAUUGGGGGCAAUGGCUCUAAAAGCGACGAUAAGUACUGGAUUAAGGCGAGGAACGAAGUUCUCUGGCUGAGGGACUGGGGGUCGGAGGAGGACUCGCCCUCCCCUGAAUACCAAGUUAAGGGCGUUUUCGGCCAAUUGAAAAAGGAGUUCCUGGAAGUCGAGAUACUAAAGGCUCUGUUGGCCAACACACGGUAUUCGCUCGCGAGAUCGCUCUAUGAGGAUUCUCCAGAUCUGCCCUUGCCAAAAAAGGUAUUGCAGGAUACCAUAUUCGCUGCUGCCCUAAAUGCCUUUGACAAUGCCUCGAAUCCAAAUCGAACGAGAGGCGGUCUGAAAAAAUGCGAUGACAUGAUCAAGGCAUUCCCUCAGACCAUCGAGAAAUCUCUCCCAGCCACCCGGCGGAUAGAGGCGCUGUUGAAGGCGACGCAUUCACUGGGCGAGUACCGGUUGGUGUUGAAACAAGGUGAACCAUUUACCCCCGUAGUGCUGCGCGUCCACGCAGACCCGAUAUCCAUCAUCGGCAAGAUUCUGGAGCAAAACCCCAAGAGCUACACGAGGAUACAAGACCUCGUCGACCUCGGCACCUACCUGGUCGAAGCGGGCCUGACAGUCCGUGACAAGCCGCGGCAAGGUACGCCCACGGCCGAGGAACAAACCGACGACCUUUCCAUCGCCGAGAGGCGCGUAACGGCGAUGUGUAUCGACGCCGCGCUAUCGGAGGACGACUUCGAAACAGCAUACUCGUACGUCGUCGGGCGCCUCUCAGCCAUCAACGAGCCCGCCCGAGCACCACCCCGGCGAACAAGCCAACGCGGCCCAGGCCCGACGGCCUCGCCCCCAGCCCGUAUCGCCGACGACUACUCGUGGAAGGCGGCUCUGCAGGCGGGCAAGUACCGCCGCACGGCGCGGACCCUGCGGCCCACGCACCUCGGCACCGCCAGCGCCAACCCGGACAUACGCCACCUGGAGCAGCGCGCCGAGUGCCUCGCCGCCGCCCUGCGCGCCGCGCCCGCCCCGACCCUGCAGGAGAUCGUCAACGCCUUCCGCCGCUGCGAGGAGGAACUCGACGCCGCCGUCAAGGCCGACGCCGAGCGCGAGCGCGCCUGGGACGCCGCCGGCGACGGCCUCCUCCUCCCCGGUGGCGCCACGCCCAUGCCCGGGGGCUUCGGCGUCGAACACCGACCGCCGGGCGGUGGCCCGCGGGGGGGCCCGUCGUCGUCGUCGUCGUCCUCCCGGCAGCAGCAGGCCGAGGAGGCACCCAUGUCGCUGUUCGACCUGUCGCGGGCGAGCGUGCGCUCCGCGCAGCGGAACCUGACGGCGCUGUCUGGCCUGCGGCACACCGGCGGCGGGGGAGCGGGUAAGGGGGGCGACGAGGGGUCUGCGAUGGCGAGCAGCGGGGAGUUGGAGGGCGAUGGGGAGGACGGCGGCCCGAAGCGGGCGAGGAAGAGGGACCAGCUGCGGGAGGCGGCGAUGGGCACGCUGGUGUCUGGCGUGGGAUGGCUUAUCAAUGCCGGGCCUACGCCUUCUGAACGGCAUGAUAGCGAGUGAGGAGGUCGGGGUGGUGGGGGGCAGGAGUUCAAGGAGCAGAAAUCGUUGUAUACUAUGUAUGCACUGGGCUUGCGUGAAGCGGCUGUGUGUGUGUGCGUGAAUGUCAGGCCCAUGGGGCCAUGUUAUGACCAUUUCUUCCCUACCAAAUGCCUAUGGUCUUUUGGCACAGCUACGUAGCGGCCACACGUAAUAGUACAUACACUGACAACCGUAAA